AUGGAGAAUUAUCCGGAAACGCAGUUUCUUCCCGGAAAUGAAAUGAUCCACAUGAAUCCUACAGUUUCUUACUCCGACGAAUUAGCCGGUAGAGAAAGAAAUGAAGCUAACAAUGCCUCAUCCUCACAAGAGAGGCAAGAAUUGUCCAGAUUUGGUGGAAUGUCGCAAAUGCAGGACAUUGAAGAUUUCGGUUCUUGGAGAGAUCAACCGACUGAGAGGAACGGUUUCCAGCUAAUGAGCGCGAUGGGAGGCGGCGCUACGGGAGUUCUUCAUACCGGUCAGGGAUUGUCCCUUAGCCUUGGUUCACAGAUUCUACCUGGAAUUCAUCAAAUGAGUGAUCAAAGUAUCGCGGCAAGAACCGAUCAUUUCAGAGGCAAUGAGUAUGCAACACAGAGCUUUUCGGGCGGGAAUCAUAACUUGGAUGUUGUUAGAACAAUUCCCAAAUCAAAGUAUCUUAAAGCGGCGCAAGAGCUUCUAGAUGAGGCUGUUAAUGUAAGGAAUGCUCUGAAACAUUUUGAGGCGGAAAGAGAUAAGAAAAAUGAGAUCUCUCAAGAACCGACCACGAAUCCUCCCGCUGAAAUCUCUCCAUCCGAGAGACAAGAAAUGCAAAGCAAGUUGACAAAACUCUUGUCAAUGUUGGAUGAGGUGGAUAGAAGAUAUAAGCAAUAUUACCAGCAGAUGCAGAUAGUUGUAUCCUCCUUCGAUGUGAUAGCAGGUUAUGGAGCGGCUAAGCCAUAUACGGCACUCGCUCUUCAAACUAUUUCACGUCAUUUCCGUAGCCUAAGAGAUGCGAUAUCUAGACAAAUCCUCGUGACACGAAAAUGCCUCGGGGAACAAGAUGGAUCAGAUGGGAAAGGAGCUGGGAUACUAAGCCGGCUUAAGUACGUUGAUCAACAUUUAAGACAAAAAAGAGGUUUUAUGCAACCUCAGGCUUGGAGGCCUCAACGCGGUCUACCUGAAAACUCUGUUUUGAUUCUCCGUGGUUGGCUCUUCGAGCAUUUUCUUCACCCUUAUCCAAAAGAUUCUGAUAAGAUUAUGCUUGCAAGACAAACAGGCUUAAGUCGCGGUCAGGUUUCAAACUGGUUCAUAAAUGCUCGUGUGCGGCUAUGGAAGCCAAUGGUGGAAGAGAUAUACAAGGAGGAAUUCACAGAGAAUGAUUCCAACUCGUCUUCCGAAAAUACACCAAAAAUAUGUGACAUAGGACCUGCUGCUAAUGAAGAUGAUCGAGCUCAAGAUUUUUCACAGGAUCUAACCAAACAGGACCAUGGAAAAGGAUAUGGAGUGGACACUUGUGACAUGGUCCAGGGUGGUCAAGUGUAUGGGGGGCGGUUCAUGGCGGUUGAACCAACAUAUCAUGUGGCUGAGAUGUCAAGAUUUGGUGGUGGUAGUGUGUCUUUAACUCUAGGGCUUCACAACUCUCAAGGACAUGAUAAUGUUGUGGCUAUGUCUAGUGAGCCGUAUAACAAUUUUUNCGGGAUGGAUAUUUACGAAAAUGCCGUCCCGGGAGCUGAGCUGGAGUAUGUAAACCCCCGGAGUCGCCAGAACCGGAUGAGUUCUUCACAAUUGGUACAUGAUUUUGUAGCUUGA